AUGGCUGAUGUUGUUUCAUUUCAGGACAAUAUCGCGAAGAUCCUCCGAGAAUCGUUGAUGCUGGUAACAGCGUUGAAUCCACACAUUGGUUACGAUAAUGCAGCGAAGAUCGCGAAAACAGCGCACAAAAAUGGAACAACAUUGAAGGAAGAAGCAGUCAAGUUGGGUAUCCUCACUAAAGAACAAUUCGAACAGUGGGUACGACCCGAGAAUAUGCUUGCUCCUAAAUAA